AUGGGGAUUUCAGUCGCCAAGGAAUUGGAGGGCGAGUGCUUGAGUCUCCUUUUGCAGGUGGGAGUUGUGCCAGGUUCGCGGCUCGAGGUGAUGGAGGAGAUGGCGGAGUUGAAGCAAUCAAUAGUCUCAACUCGCCAGAUUGAACAGUCAUCAGAGAACUGCCGAAUACACAUCGGCGACUAUGACUAUAGUGAGUGUCUCUAUGAAUCCCAGCUUGCUGUGUUGUCUGCUCUGGACUCUCUUUGGUUAAGUGGUGAUCGAGAGCUAAAUCUCUUCGAUGCCACCGCACCACCUCCAACCUCACACCACGAGCAGGUUACUCCAUUUGUCUCCCUUUCUAUUCUGUCCAAACCUGAUGCAAUUAGAUGUUGGGUCAUAGCUUGA